CUUGUAAUCCAAGCAUGAAACUAUUGGUAGUGUUUAUUUAUCUGUCUGUUGCACUAGUAAGUGGCAACGAGACGACGGAAUCACCCGAGCCUGAAAAUAUCAUAAUCGGUGGCUCUGAGGGUAGAGCUCCCUAUAUGGUCGGCCUGGUGCUAGGAACGUACGGAACCACUCAAACCGGAUUAUGCGGAGGUGCCAUCAUUUCAAAUAAUUUUGUUGUAACCGCUGCCCAAUGCUUGACCACGGACUUUGUGGAUAUUCACUACGGUUCCAAUACGAGGAGAGGCCUAUUCACUCACAGGGUGACAAGAGGCGAUUACUAUGUUCAACCACAAUGGCCACUUGAUAGAGGCUAUGAUAUCGGUUUGAUACGGACACCGCAUUUGGCAUUCACGUACUGGGUCGACAUGGUCAAUUUGCCAAGUUCCAGCUACAAUCGCUAUGACAACCAGUGGGCAGUUGCAUGCGGAUGGGGCGAACAAGCCAAUAAACAAUAUGCACAAACUCUGCAGUGCGUCAGCAUGGAGAUCAUGGGCAAUGACUUGUGCGCUAGAUACUAUGGCCCACUAUCCGAAGGCACAUUGUGUACACGGACACCUGGUGCCCAAUCCACCUGUCCCGGCGACAAUGGCGGUCCACUGGUUACAGAACAGAAUCCCACUUUGGUUGGUGUGACCACAUUCUUUUCGCCUGGCGGCUGCACUGCCGGUCAUCCAGCUGGUUUCACUAAUGUGGCCUUCCACGUCAAUUGGAUACGCUCAAUAAUACACCAGGGUGUUCGGUAUUAUUAGUGAAAACCAAUUGAAGAAUAUCAGCAUAUGAUAAUCUUAUAAUAAAUAUAUCAUGAAGCAAUUA